GCGGUAUCGCCCGGCCCGCAGCCCCUUCAUUCCUGUUACCUGGUAGGGCGGCUCGGUGCUGAAGCUCUGAAAGCCCGGAGGAGGAACCGAUGUGGGCUGUGUGGUCUGUGAAAGGACCCCUGUGCUGCCAACCGAGCGGAUGGGCCCCGCGGCAGCAGUGUGAGACCGAGGCGCCUCUGCAUCACCUGCCGGAGUAAAGCGCACAUCAUAAAGGCUUCUCUUCAUGGACAUCCUGGACUCUCUGGAGGAUUUGGGGUAUCAGGGGCCGCUGUUAGAAGAUGGGGCUCUGCAGGCGGCUCUCAGUGGCGGUGCGGCGUCUCCUGAGUUCACCAAACUGUGUGCGUGGCUCGUCUCUGAACUCAAACUCUACAGCAGACUGGAGGAGAACGUCCACGCCACCAACUGUCCAAGUGAGGCUGAAGGUUUCCAGUUAGAGAUGAGCGGUUUGCUGACAGAGUUAGCGUGUCCAUACACCUGUCUCACACGUGGAGACGUCACACACCGUCUGCUGAAUGCCAACAACUGUCAACUACUGCUCACGUUCCUGAUCUCGGAGCUGGAAGCUGCCCGGAUGGUGUUGGUCAACGCCCCUCAGAGGAACGCUCAGGCUGGGGGAGGGUCAGUCGGCUGCAGUGAGCUCUUCCUGGAGCUGAAGGGGAUCUGUGUGUCUCUGGGCAUGUCCAAACCCCCGUCCAACAUCACCAUGUUCCAGUUCUUCAGCGGCAUCGAGAAAAAACUAAAGGAAGCGUUAUCUAAAGUUUCUGUCCAUCAUGUGGGCCAGCCUCUGAUGAAUAAAACCCUGGGCCCCCGUCACUGGGAGAAAAUCGAAGUUAUUAACCAGUCUCUUGUGAACGAGUACGAAGUGAGGAGGAAAAUGUUACUGAAGCGUCUGGACGUGACGGUUCAGUCCUUCGGCUGGUCGGACAGAGCCAAGAGUCAGACUGAGAAGUUGGCUAAAGUGUACCAGCCCCUGCGGGCGGCGCUCGGCUUUAAGAGCAGAGUGUGUGUCGCUCACCUUCUCGCCGCCAGAGAAGAUUUAUCCAAAAUCCUGCGCACGAGCAGCGGCCAGACCCGCGAAAAAACCUCCUGCGCCAUCAACAAGGUUUUGAUGGGACGUGUUCCAGAUCGCGGUGGAAGACCAAAUGAGAUUGAGCCGCCACCUCCCGAGAUGCCGACGUGGCAGAAACGGCAAGAUGGACCAACAGGGGGUGGCGGAGGGCGAGGAGGAGGCAGGGGUGGCUACGAUCAGCACCGAGGAGGAGGUGGAAGAGGGGAUAGAGGGGGUAAAGUACAAGGAGGCUGGUCAGAUGGUGGGAGUCAGGGUCAUUAUCAAGAUGGAGGAAGAGGAGGGUACCGUGGAGACUACCAUGGUGGGCAAGGAGGGCCAGGAUACCAAGGUGGAGGGGGGCACCAAGGUCAAGGAUACCAAGGUGGAGGGGGGCACCAAGGUCAAGGAUACCAAGGUGGAGGGGGGCACCAAGGUCAAGGAUACCAAGGUGGAGGGGGGCACCAAGGUCAAGGAUACCAAGGUGGAGGGGGGCACCAAGGUCAAGGAUACCAAGGUAGAGGGGGUCAUCAAAGUCAAGGAUACCAAAGUGGAGGAUACCAAGGAGGGCAUCAAGGGCAAGGAUACCAAGGUGGAGGUUACCAAGGGGGUCAGCAAGGGCAAGAAGGUGGUAACAAAGGUCACUACCAAGAUGGAGGGCGACAACAGGAGCGAGGAGGGGGUAGAGGGGGUCGUGGAGGGAGAGGACGAGGAGGACGUGGUGGGCAAAGCGGAGGCUGGGGUGGUAGAGGGGGGCAGAAUUUUAACCAAGGAGGGCAAUUUGAGCAGUUCUUCCAACAUGGUGGCCAUCAGUAUAACCAGGCAGGGUUUGGGCAGGGGUUUUACUCCAGCUGAGUUAGUCUGAGAAAUGCAUCGUGAAAUGAAAUCUAAAACAAGAAUCGCUUCAAAAUCUUAUAAAGGCGGAUGGUGUUGAUUUUAUUUUUGAACGAGAUCAAUCAUAAACAGUGAUUGCUUUUCUUGUUAUUCUGCUAACAAUCAAGCUAAUUACUUAGCCAAGUCCACUGUUCUGUAAGAACUUUGGGAUGCAUAAGGCUCGAAUGUUAGAGGGUUUUUUUUGUUUUCAGAAAAGCCUUACCUUGAGGUGUUUACCACAGAAAUCAGUAGUGUUAUAUUAUUUAUUGCCAGCACUUGACGGUUGAUUUUAUUUCACCCAUUUAGCACACGAUAACACGUUAGAACUCAACAUACUGUUAGUGAAAUGACUUGAUGAUGAUUAAACUGACUGCAUUGUAGUGUUUGUUUUUUUGCUUUAAACAUUUGUUUACAAAAACUGGAUGAUAACUUCUCUCUCUCUCCCUCCGUCAAGUUUCAUCAUCCAGUGCACAAGUAUUACUUUGGUUUCGAGUGGAGAAAAAGGGAGUUCAGUUAAAGAAUUCCCACCUCUGUUUGCUUGAGGAAUUGCUUUUGGAAAAGUGUUUUGAAUGUGUGUGAGACUGACAGCAAUAAAGAAGUGUAUGGGA